UUCAAAAUGAGUGGAGCUGGCCGUAAACAUCGCGCCAAACACCUCACUAGACAAUAUUUAGAUGUCAAUGCAUGGGAGGGCCCCGGAGAAAACGAAACCUUGGCGGUCUGUACGGAGCCCCCACACGGGCAACACGUGCGUGUGCUGCUCCUAACAACUGUUGCGGGCGCUGAUUUAUCCGACAAAAAAAAUCAAGAUAAGGAAGGACAGUUCUUUCAGGAGGUACUUGUUCACGUUCCUAGAAAAUUUCAUAAAGUUAUCUGGUUGGGUAUCAAAGAUGUACUCGUCGUAGCUGAUGGUUGUGUGCAGUUCAAACCCUCACCAGAGCAGUUAGAGAACUUUUUAAGGAAUUCAGCCAACGCAGAAUGGAAUGAACGCAUAAUUCGUGCCCGGAAUAUGGCAAUUGAGAACCGUCGUGCGGUAGAACGUAUGCCUUUGUACAAUAAGCAGGCAACAACAACACUUUCUGAACUCCCAUGCACAGAUAAUGUGGAUAAUAGCAAAGCUCCAGUCGAAAACGGCUUCGGCGCCGGACACACUAGGAAGAUCAAAGGAGAAAGUUCUAAUCAUACUGAAGAAUGCAAUAGGGACUCCGAUAAUGACUCUUUAAGUCGAGUUGUUAACCCCAAUCGUGGUACUAUUAAACAUCGUCAGCAGUUCUUUUAUGCUUGCGAAGCUGAUGAGGAGAUGGAGGAAGAAGAAGAAGAAAGCUGAGGACUCCUGCCUGAGAUUAUCAAUAAUUAACUUAACACUGAAUCUAAAUUUACGAAGCGACGAACAACAACGAGAUGAUGUACUACUGCGAUUUAAAAAUUUUUUUGUCAUGAGUGAUAAAAAUUGCUUAAAA